GAAACGCCGGGAAAUCGCUCUCGGUCUAUGAAGCAUAUUUAAAAAUCAUCAACAGAUGUGCUGCAGCUUUGUCUAGUUCUGCUCGGAGCCAGAGAGCUGUUCACACAUUACGUUCAAUGGGUGUACAGCCGGUGAUUGCAAUAGUGAAUCUGAAUGUUGGAAAGAUUCAGGACAGACAAAAGAAAGUGCUUUUCCCACACAGCUCAUAAUUAAACUACUACGAAAGCCCCUCCCCCAAGCAGUAGCCAUGGCCACAAAUUUGGAAGGCUUUAAAAAAGGAUUGGACAACUUCAAUAAGGCGAUCGGUGGCUACUAACCGCAAUUGUUGUGUUCUACCACCACUGCUGGAGGCAAUUCAUUCAUUUCAUUCAUUUAUUGAAUUUAUAUACUGCCCUAUACCUGGAGGUCUCAGGGCGGUUCGCAAAAAAAGCCCAAUAUAUAAAAUCAAAAUAAAAACAAUAAUCCAAUGCCCCCCCAAAAGAGCCACAUUUUAAAGGGUAUAGGAUGUUGAUUAGGUCAGCCAAAGGCCCGGGUAAAAAGGAACAUUUUUGCCUGGUGCCUAAAGGUGUAUAAUGAAGGCGCCAGGCCAGUUUCCCUUGGGAGAGCAUUCCACAGAUGGGGAGCCACUGCAGAGAAGCCCCUGUUCUCGUGUUGCCACCUUCCAGACCUCUUGAGGAGGGGGGACACGAAGAAGGACCUCAGGAUAUGAUCUCGGGGUCCAGGUAGUUUCAUAUGGAAAGAAGCGGUCCUUGAGGUCUUGAGCCGUUUAAGGCUUUAUAGGUCAAAACCAGCACUUUGAAUUGGGCCUGGAAACUAAUUGGUAUCCAGUGCAGUCGGACCAGGAUCGGUAUAAUAUUCUCAAACCGCCUUGCUCCGGUGAGCAACCUGGCCUCUGAAUUCUGCACCAGCUGAAGUUUCCAAACCGUCUUCAGAGACAGCCCUACAUAUAAUGCAUUGCAGUAAUCUAACCUUGAGGUUACCAGAGCAUAGAAAACAGUAGUUAGGCUACCUCUGUCCAGAUAGGGGCGUAGCUGGGGCACCAGCCGAAGCUGAUGGAAGGCACUCCAGGCCACCUGAGCCUCGAGCGACAGCAAAGGAUCCAGGAGUACCCCCAAGCCACUAGAUCCAUCAGCCUCUGAGGGUGGACCUUCCUAAUUGGUUCCCCGCCUCUGUGGAGGGGGAAAGUUGCUGACAUCCUAAAUGUCAGCAGGAAGUGAUCUGGCCAUGACAAGGGAUUGAUGUCAAUGUCCCCCACCUUCAGAUCACCCUCUUCCUGCCCAGUCGAGAAAACAAGGUCCAGAGUGUGGCCUGCCAUGUGCGUUGGGCCGGUGACAUGUUGGGACAGCCCCAUGGUUGUCAUGGCGGCCAUGAAGUCCUUGAGCCACCCCAGAACCAGCUGCCUCUGAAUGCUACUUGUUGGAAACCUCAGGAAGAGAGACUAGUGCUUGCAAGCUUCUCGCUGUCAUCUGGUUGGCCAGUGUGAGAACAGGAAGCUGGACAGAGUCAUUUUGGGAUGGCUGUUGUGUGUACUUUGUAUUGUAUAGUGUGUACUUUGCAUUGCGGCACUAUUUAGUGGAUGGAGCUUAAAUUUCCCUUCCAAUUUUGUCCAAUUUGUAAAUUAUUAACCUGACACAUCCAAAGUCUGAAUAAGGUUGUUUUCUGCUGCUCCAGAGAAGCGGAGACAGAACAAUGGAUUCAAACUACAAGAAAGAAGAUUCCACCUAAACAUUAGGAAGAACUUCCUGACAGGGUUUCUCAUUUUCCUUGUUCCUCAUCCUGAUGCGUUUUGAUGCCAACCUCUGCAGCAGCUGUUUGGGGCACACCUGACGAAACAGCAGACUCCAGAUGAACCCGGGCGACGGACGGUUCGGGACUCGACUCUGACUUUCCGUAACAUGUCCUUCAAUGUACGGCUUCGGAAGCAGAACUUUGUGCUGACCGUCUGCGUGGUUUUCCUUGUUAGUCUCACUCUUUUGCUACUACAGAGGGCAACCAGCAGCUGUUCGGGGCACACCUGGCGAAACAGCAGACUCCAGAUGAACCCGGGCGACGGACGGUUCGGGUCUCAACUCUGACUUUCCAUAACAUGUCCUUCAAUUUACGGCUUCGGAAGCAGAACGUAGCGCUGACCGUCUGCGUGGUUUUCCUUGUUAGUCUCACUCUUUCGAUGCUACAGAGGGUAGCCAGAGAGAAGACUAUGUUAAGACAAAAGUGCCGGGAAUUGAAUCGGUUAUUUGAAGUAAGGGAAUUCUCCCAGAGUGCUCAAUUCAGCAUGACAGCCAGCGAUGAGGAGAGGAUUCGUGUUGUCAAAACGUGGAAACUUCCUCAAAAAGAUAAGGGCAUUCUGGAGCAUGUGCUACUCACUCAGGAGUGCCCUUGGAAACCCAAUCCUGCAGCAAUGGCCCAAUACAGGGCAGAACUGGGCCAACGUUGCAAUGCUUCCUUCUCAAUAGUCUUAACCAAGGAAAACACGCCGCUGGGAUCCAGCAUCACCUUUGACGGAAUGAAAGGAAUGGCGUUUCCGGCGAGCGCUGAGCUGGUGGACUUGCUGCCGGAGAGGUCACCCUUCUCAGACUCCCGGUAUAGGCACUGUGCUGUAGUGGGCAAUGGCGGAAUUCUACGAAACAGCAGCUGUGGUCAGGAGAUAGACCGGGCAGAUCUAGUAAUCAGGUUCAACCUGCCUCCCAUGAAUUUCUCUGAAGACGUGGGAACCAAGUCAGACCUGGUGACUUUAAACCCCAGCAUCCUUCAUGAAAAAUUCAAAAGACUGUCGGACCGCCGGAAGCCUUUUGCCGAUUCCCUGCGCCUUUAUGGGGACGCUUUCUUCCUCAUUCCUGCCUUCUCCUUCCUGGGAAACACUGAUGUCAGCUACCGUGCUCUGUACACCAUGGAAGACUUUGGUUUCGCUCAGCGAGCUCUCUUCCUGAACCCCCAUUACCUGUCCCCCCUGGGUAGGUACUGGAAGUUGAGGGGCUUAGGGCCCAAACGCCUCUCCUCCGGCUUCAUGUUCACCAGUAUGGCUCUGGAGUUGUGUGAGAGCAUCACUCUUUACGGAUUCUGGCCUUUCCAACACGACCUGGAGAACCAGCCCAUUCUUCACCAUUACUACGACAACAGGCUGCCCAAGCAGGGGGUUCACGAGAUGCCAAGAGAGUUUUCCCAAUAUCUACACAUGUACGCCCAGGGGGUGCUGCGCUUACGGCUUGGCAAGUGUCCUUGAGAGGGGAGCUUCCAUCUGAAUGGGCAAGGGGGUGACCGGGUGUCUCCUGAGCCGCGGAAGAACAGGCAGCACAAAUUAUGGCACCAGGUUGCAAUGCUCAGCGAAGCUGGAAGGCAGUAGUGCAGACAGCCCAAAGGAGCGUUUUGUUGACGCAAUCGAAGGCCGCUCAUUCAAAUCAGAAGACCUUUCCCACCCCCCUGGAUGUGUUAAGGAACACGAGUUAUGUUAAAACCUUUCGAUAAUACAUUAUUUACAAUCAGUUUUGCCUUCUGUUCUGAAUAGAUUACACCAGGCAUGUCCAACAGGUAGAUCGUGAUCUACCAGUAGAUCACUGGAUGUCUGUGGUAGAUCAUGGGUAGAUCACUGGCUCCCCCAAAGAAGCUUAACAACUUUCAACUUUUACCUGAACCCCCCCAAAACGGGGCUCUCCUCCUCCCUAAUAAGCUCAACCUGAACCCCAAAAAUGGGGGUAGAUCACUGCCAGUUUUUAACUCUGUGAGUAGAUCGCAGUCUCUUGGGAGUUGGCCACUCCUGGAUUACACCAAUACCUCUUAAGAGUCUCUCUCCUAUUCCCAUUAUGUCUAAAAUCUUUUCCAUAAAUUUCCAUGAUAUGUUGUUGAAGGCUUUUUCAGCGUCCACAAAUAUCAACGCCGCUUUCUUAUCUAUUCUGGUCUCUAGAUAUUCAAUUAUGUCAACCACAGUUUCUCUACAUUAUCCCUCAUCUGCCGACCAGGUAAAAAUCCAGCUUGGUCUUUAUGGAUUGUCUCAUUUAACGCCAUUUUCAAUCUACUUGCCAUAAUAUCCACGAAAAGUUUAUACCGUAAUCAACUAGCUGGCCCGGCCAUGCAUUGCUGUGGCUCAUCCCUGUGACUCCCCCAACUCUGUCCCGACCCAUGACCUAUUCUGUCCUCUCCCCCCCACCCCCCCUGGUUCAUCCCUGUGACUGGCCACACCCUGUCCCAUCCCAUGACCUAUCCCGCCCCCUCCUCCCCACACCCCGGCUCAUUCCUGUGAUUGGCCCCACUCUGUCCCGACCCAUGAGCUAUCCCACCCCCUCAGCCCAGUCUGUAAAGGUGAACUGAGAGGCUGUGGAGAGGGAGGCUUUCCUAGCUGCAGUACCAGUGUAGCCGUUGCUAGAGGGCGCUGUUUUGCAACCUCUCUUGUGCUCCCAGCAUGUCCGUUUUGUGUUUGGGAGCAGUGAGUUUUACCUGCUUUACCUGCCAUAGGUGUGUCUUCUGGCCACACAAAGUGCAUACAAACACUCACAUAUUGGCAUGUGACGUUGUGUCCAAAUUUGAACGCAAUCAGUCAAGCUGUUUCAGAGAAAAGUGGAGACUAACCCACAUGCCCAGUUUACAUUUUUAUAUAUACAGUAUAGAUGUUUAAGAGUGAAAUCGGUCGGUAAUUCUUUACAUUCAAGAAAUCCUGUAUCUUGUUUACCAGUAGGUAUUAAGGUGAUAUAUGCGUAUUUCCAUGAAUUUGGUAUCUGUCCUUUUACAAAAAUAUCAUUCAUAACCUUUACUAACACUGGUGACAAUUGGUCUGCUAAUUCCUUAUAAUAUUUUGCAGAUAGACCAUCUGGUCCUGGGGCUUUUUCUAAUUUUAAUCUUUUUAUCGCCAAUUGUAAUUCAUUUGAUGUUAUUGGAGCAUUUAAAUGAUUGCUUUGUUCUUUUGAAAUUCUCUUUGGGUAUGAUUCCUUAAAUAUCUGUCCAUUUCAUUUUCAUCUUCCUUUCCUUUUUGAUAUACUCUGUUUCUCCGAAAAUAAGACAUAGCCAUAAAAUAAGCCAUAUCAGGAUUUUUAAGCAUUCAAGGAAUAUAAGCCAUACCCCCAAAAUAAGACAUAGUGAUAGGCACAGUAGCAAUGCGGCAGGAGGAGGAGGAGGAAAAAAUAAGACAUCCCCUGAAAAUAAGCCAUAGUGUUGUUGUUUUUUAGGAAAAAUAAAAUAUAAGACGGUGUCUUAUUUUUGGAGAAACACGGUAAUUUAUAUCAAAAUUAUAAUGACGUUUGCGCAAGCGGCAUUUCCAGUGCACUUCUGGUGCACAAGCGAUUUUCAGCGCUUUUUUCUGACCCGGAAGUGCACUGCCGCACCAGUAAGAACGGCAGCGGGCGGUGGGGGUCGUCGUGGUCAUCGCGGGCCAGAUAAAAGAGGCCUUCGGGCCGUAUCUGGCCCGUGGGCCUUAGUUUGGGGACCCCUGGUCUAAAUUAUAUUGCAUUUUCAUUUCCACACAGUUUAUACAAACAACUGUAUCGCCAAAGCCAUAUUAUAUCAACAGAUGUCAAAAAUUCCAAACUUUCCUUUCUCGCUUGUUAUAGAUAUUAUAAACGGUUCUUCUAGGGGGGUUUUGUUAGGUACAGGUAAAACUCGGAAAAUUAGAAUAUUGUCGAAAAGUGAUUUAUUUCAGUAAUGCAACUUAAAAGGUGAAACCGAUAUAGGAGAUAGAUGCAUGACAUGCAAAGCAAGAUAUGCCAAGCCUUUAUUUGUUGUAAUUGUAAUUAUUUGUCGUUAGGCGGGUCAAUUAUAAAUGGAAUGUAAUUAAUGAAAUGUAAUAGCGGUGUUUAUUUUUGUAUUAUUGUAACUAUUUGUUUUAUUACUGUGGAAUUUCCAAAAGAAAGCAUUUGUAAAAAUUAAAAGAAAAAUAAUAAAUAAUAAGUUGCAUUACUGAAAUCAAUACACUUUUCCACGAUAUUCUAAUAUUCCGAGUUUCAUCUGUAGAUAAACACACUGAGGGGGUACAAUCUUAUUCUGCUUCUUAACGUUUCACUGAAUAUAAAUUCAAAAGGGCUAGUUCUCAUGUAGAAACUUGUCUUGUAAUUGUGAUUCUGCCUCACCUCCCAACCCAUGCCUGACUUUCAUGCUUGCCCCACCCUCGGACAGGAGAAAGAAAGGUGGUUCCUUGCCACUCCCUGACGUCCCAUAAAUAAUUUCUCCUGCUCUGCCCCUGCUUCCAAUUACAAGGUCUAGAACGCAGGAACAAAGCCUGAUCACAAACAACAUUUUUUUCCAUUAGCAGAUUUCAUUAUUUGCUUAGUGUUUUAUGUAAUCUUCCAUCAGAUCAGGUCAGGUCAGGGUCAGAUUUCCAAGCUGUUUUCAACCAAGAGAGACUUCCCUUUGCCAAAACCUUUCAUCAAAGGCAGGUGUGGGGACACCUUUGGCUCGACAGGUGCUGCCGAACUACAACUCCCAUCAGCCCCAGCAAGCAUGGCCAAUGGCCUGGGAUGAGGGGAGUUGUGGCUCAGGAACAUCUAGCGGGCCAUAGGUUUCUCACACACCCAAUCAGAGGUCCUCCUUAGUGGAGGUGGGGAAAUUGGGCACUGCCCCAUCAACCUCAGUCUGUCCUCACCUCGCCCUGUCCUCUAUCCUAACACUGAGGUCCAGCUCCGAGGGCCUUCUGGCGGUUCCCUCACUGUGAGAAGUGAGGUUACAAGGAACUAGGCAGAGGGCCUUCUCGGUAGUGGCACCUGCUCUGUGGAACGCCCUCCCAUCAGAUGUCAAAGAAAUAAACAACUAUCUGACUUUUAGAAGACAUCUGAAGGCAGCGCUGUACAGGGAAGUUUUUAAUGUUUGAUGUUUUAUUGUGUUUUUCAUGCUCUGUUGGAAGCAGCUCAGAGUGGCUGGGGAAACCCAGACAGA